UGGGGGGGAAGCCGAGGAAAUCCCGGCCGCCGGGGGCGCGCCGUUCUCUCCGGGAGGGGCGGAGAGGCCGGGGAGCGGCAGCCUGGCAGGGGCCGAGUGUCCCCCGGUGUGGGGAGGGGAUAGCGGAACGGACCCGGAGGACAUGGAGGCCGAAGGGGCCCCUUCGUGGCGGGGGCCCGCCGGGGUGAUCCGCGAGCUCUGCCGCUCCUUCGGCCACUACAACCGGCACCUGGCGCGGUUGCAGCACAACCUGCGCGACACCAAGAAGUUCUUCCGCGACGUCAAGUACUCCCAGGGACACCCCUUCGCCGGCGAGGGCCCCCCGGCCGGGGCUGGGGACGGGGCCCCCCGGGAUGGCUCCGCACCCGUCGGGCAGAAUCUCAUUUCCUUCCCUCGCCACGAGGAAGAGCAUCUCCAGCGGACUGUGAGCUGGCACCCUUGCCUUCUCAUCCUUGGCCAGAACUGUAAUGCCAAAUGCCAGUUUCUCAACCUUCUGCUGGGUGAGAAGCUGCUCCCCACCACCAAAAUCAGCAACGAGGAGAACUGUAAGAGGCGCCGGAUCCGUUUCACGCACGGGACACAAACGCGAAUUAGCCUGGCGCUGCCCGAGCAGUAUGAACUGGUCCAUAUGAUGGCAGCGCACCGAGGGCACUGGGACACGAUACCCGAGGAGGACUUAGAAAUUCACGGGGAUACCGAAGAUCCUGCUCACCGGAUAGCGGAGCUGGAGGUCAUGCUGCCAUACUCGCUACUAAAGGAAGUGGACAUCGUGGUAGCGCCGUGUCGCGGGUUCCAGUCUGCCGAAGCCACCUUGGGGGAGUACGUGAACCAAGUCUUGCCUGUUGUCAUCUUUGCCAUCAGCGAGGACGAACUUUCUUCUUCCGACGAGAAUGAACUGCGCGAAAUCAAAGAGAAAUUCUCUUUGCCUAUUUUCUUCUUCAAAGUGCCAGAGUUGGGGGUUGAGCUGAUCUCUCCCAAAAAAACUGAGAAUGAAAAGUCCUCUCUUUACUGCCAGCUGAUGGACUUGGAGUAUCUGAGCACCAACCACUGCAGCUGCGGAGCUCCCGCUCCUGAUGCCGAUGCCCAGAGCGUGUUGGUGGAGCAGCCGGAGAAGCUCCGUCUCUUAAGCACUUUUUCCAGGCAGGUGCUUCAGAAGCAUCUUGUGGAAGCGGCGACGAGUUUAAACGAGGUGCACUGCCGCUGCCUGAACAUCUUCAUCAACCAGGCCUUCGACAUGCAGCGGGACCUGCAAAUCACGCCCAAGAGGCUGGAGUACACCCGCAAGAAGGAGAAUGAGCUCUACGAGUCGCUGAUGAACAUCGCCAACCGCAAACAGGAGGAGAUGAAGGACAUGAUCAUAGAGACUCUUGGCAAUAUGAAAGAGGAGCUUUUGGAGGAUGCUGCUAGUAUGGAAUUCAAAGAUAUCAUCAUUCCUGAGAACGGGGAACCCGUUAGUUCCAAAGACAUCAAGUGUUGCAUCAAGCAAAUUCAGGAACUGAUUAUUUCUCGAUUAAACCAAGCGGUUGCCAACAAGUUAAUUAGUUCGGUGGACUAUCUGCGCGAGAGCUUUGUGGGGACGCUGGAGAGAUGUCUGAAGAGCCUGGAGGAGUCUUGGGAGGUUUCAGUACAUCCUACAAGGAGCUUGGAGAAGUCAAAGGAUGUUUCUGUCCACAUCACAAGCAAUUAUCUCAAACAGAUAUUAAACGCAGCUUAUCAUGUUGAAGUCACUUUCCACUCUGGCUCAACGGUGACCAGGAUGCUGUGGGAGCAGAUCAAACAGAUCAUCCAGAGGAUUACGUGGGUCAGCCCACCUGCCAUCACCAGUGACUGGAAAAGGAAAGUCGCUCAGGAUGCCAUUGAGAGCCUCAGCGCAUCCAAGUUGGCCAAGAGCAUUUGCAGCCAGUUCCGGACCAGGCUCAACAGUUCCCAUGAGGCUUUUGCAGCUUCUCUGCGACAGUUAGAAGAUGGCCAUUCUGGCAGGCUGGAGAAAACAGAAGACCUGUGGCUGAAGGUGCGGAAGGAUCACGCUCCUCGGCUGGCACGACUCUCACUGGAGAGCAGGUCCCUCCAGGAUGUGCUGUUGCAUGGCAAACCAAAGCUGGGCCGUGAGCUGGGCCGAGGACAGUACGGUGUGGUCUAUCUGUGUGACAGCUGGGGAGGGCAUUUCCCCUGUGCGCUGAAAUCCGUUGUUCCUCCAGAUGAGAAGCACUGGAAUGACCUUGCACUUGAGUUUCACUAUAUGAGGUCUCUGCAGACACACGAGCGGCUCGUACAUCUCCACGGUUCUGUGAUAGAUUAUGGCUACGGAGGAGGCUCCAGCAUUGCAGUCUUACUGAUCAUGGAACGGUUGCACAGAGACCUCUAUACUGGACUAAAGGCUGGGCUAGAAUUAGAAACACGAUUACAGAUUGCCUUGGAUGUAGUUGAAGGAAUCCGUUAUCUUCACAGCCAAGGACUUGUGCACCGGGAUAUCAAACUUAAAAAUGUCUUGCUUGACAAAAGGAAUCGAGCCAAAAUCACUGACUUGGGGUUCUGCAAACCAGAGGCCAUGAUGUCGGGCAGUAUUGUGGGCACACCUAUUCAUAUGGCUCCUGAGCUCUUCACAGGGAAGUACGACAACUCGGUGGAUGUUUAUGCAUUUGGCAUUCUCUUUUGGUACAUUUGUUCGGGACAUGUGAAGUUACCAGAGGCUUUUGAGAGAUGUGCAAGCAAAGAUCACCUGUGGAACAAUGUUAGGAGAGGGGUUCGCCCGGAGCGUCUCCCGGUGUUUGAUGAGGAAUGCUGGCAGCUGAUGGAAGCCUGUUGGGAUGGGGACUCCUCCCAGCGUCCUCUCUUGGGGAUUGUCCAACCGAUGCUGCAGGGGAUCAUGGACAGGCUCUGCAAGUCAAGCUCUGAGCACCCCAACAAAGGCUUGGAUGACUCAACUUGAAGCACGGAAGAAUUUUUAAUUGUGGGAGAAUUCGGAACCCCGAACUCUGCAGAUGGCUUCUUCACAUGUAGCUCUUUGUGGCUAACGUGAGUGGGACAGGUAAUAGCCACCAGAAGAUUGCUCACAGAGGUGAGACCUCGGGGAUGUUCCACCUUGAAUAGCGGCCAGAGAAAUCUCCCCCGGUACACCCCACUGAUGCUAGUUACCCCGCUGCAGCUUUUAUUACGGAGUUGUGCAAAUAGGAUAGAAAAAUCCCCACCCUUAAACUAAAAGGGGAUUUUUGCCGAUCCCACCCAAACACUCAUCCAAGAAAAGCAUCUUGCGUGUUCCAGGUAGCGUCUGUGUUGCUAGGAGUCGAUCCCAACAGUCUUUACUCAGUAAAGUAAAAGAUCUUCCUAUUAACUGAUGGCCAUAGGUGGCCUUUGGUCCACACGUCACUAUCCCAAUCGCUUCUCGAUUGGCACCAAUUUCAGUGUGGCUGGAGAGAAGGCGGAGGCUCUAGGCUAGAAAGUGUUUAGAAGCUGAGAGCAUCUGGCUGAGCUUCUUGCGACACUCCAAAUGUUUACAUUGACAGGAGCAAAGCUUCCAUGUUUUACCUAAAGGGGUUUAUCCACUGUUCCACUGCAGUGCAAACACCCCCAGUUAUAAGCUAUUUAUCUCUUGUGUACCCUUCACCUCUUCUGUAAACAAGCUCUUUUUUUCUAGUCAUUUUGCUUCAUGAUAGUUGAACGUCUGAAGAAACCCGACCUUUCUUUUAUGGUCUUCUGGUAAAAUGGAAGACUUCUCAGAGGUGACACAUUGUAAAACCGAACCAAAGUCAUUACAACUAAUGACUGUCCAUGGGGAAAAUGCCAAUUCAUUUUUAAUUAAACUUGGGGUUUGGAUUAGUUGUAAAGGCAAUAACAGUUUUAAAUUGUGCGAACUGCGACAGAUGGAUUUUUUUAAAAAAAUAAGGUUUCUUCAGCUUUUUUAAAGUCACGUGCUUGGUGAGAGCAACUCGAGGGAAAACAGGUCAUUUGUUCUUCAGUAGCUGUGUGUUGUGGCUGCGUCCGUUCAUCUGAUCGUUCACUCUGAAUUCUCUAAUCUGGCUGUGUUAAGAAUCAAAAACGGGAGGGGAGGGGAUUCCUUCGCAAGGAAGGGGCGGGCGCUUCUGGAAAUAAAACCCUCGCCCCUUUUGCAUUUCAGGGGUGAAGUCGGUUGAUCUUAAUGUAACGUUACCUGUGGGUGGAGGCUGAGACAGAAAAUGCACCUUGUUUACUACAUGAGUUGGCAAGUUCUCCCUGGGUUUACUGUUCCUCCAGCUGCAGGGGAUGGUCACGCAGAGCUGGUGGUUCCCUGGGAGCUGCCGUGCUGCAUCCCGAGCAGCGCAGGUGUGUGGAAUUUAUUGGCUCGUACACAGCAAAAUUACAACUGCUAGUCUGCCUGUUAAACAGCUUGAACAAAGGAAAGGGAUACAUAACCCUGCAGUAUUAGUUUAGCUUAAAUCUUCCUUUCUUUGUGCAAUAAACAGAAUUAAUGCGCUUUUAUAUAUAUAUUAUAUAUAAUAUAUAUAUAUAAAGACUUUUUUACUUACCCACAAGCGUGGGCGUUUGUGGUCUGUGAUGGCGUGAACAGAAGGGUUCUCUGCAGACGCAGCCCCCCCAGCUCAAAGCGCAGCAGCCAAGAACCACCCGUGCAGACAAACACAACCUUGUCCCGAAUGAGAACGGGAAGCGUUUCGCUGCCUUGGCGCACGCACUCCAGUGACACUAACAGUAUUAACUCUGUUCUGCUCUGCGUGGUGGUUCGUAACCUUAUUUAAAACUAGGAGAGUCAAGGCCAGUCUCUGGCAAUUACUGGAGGUAGCUUGUGUAAAUAAUAUAUGUAUGAAUAAAAUAGAAAUCUCUGUAUAUGUAAUUCCAGAAAUGUCUUGUAUGGCUUUUCCUGUGUAGCCGGCUCCAGACACUUAGCUGAUGCUUUAUUUUUUUUAUUGUUAUUUGUAGCUACCUUGAUGUCUCGUUUCCCUUUGGUUUGUCUUUUUGCAUGUUUUGGUAUUGUAGAUCUGCAGGUUUUCCCAACCUCAGUCCAGCUACUUCUCCGCAUUCUUUUCUUUCCCGUUGGGUAUAAAGUCUGCCAGACUGAACUUGUUUUGAGAGAUUUCACACACCCUGUUUAUCUUUAAACCUAAUGCUCCUCACCCCCCCAUUAGAACAAGGAAAACGAGGUGAAUAAUUGCUUUAUUAAAAGAUUCCACAGAGUGUAAAGUGAAAGUGGGACCAAACUCAAACACCCCUGAGCCUGGUGCAGUCAGUCUGUUCUUCUUCCAGACAUUUAUUGCCUCAAUCUACUGAAGAUGUUUGUUACAGUGUGUUUUAAUGUUAUGUUAUAACCUGUGCAUUGUAACCAGGUGGUGAACUGGCUUCUGUUGUAUAUGGAUGCAAACUAAGCCUUGUGAUCAUUGCCACUUAAACCAAGAUAAAUCCCAGAACAGGGAGGACUGAACUUCUCCCUUCCUGGAGGCUUAAAGGGGAGAUCAGGCCUAAAAUGAUUUGGGGAAUAAAAGCUUUGUUUAGAAAGGUUUAGGUUUGGCACCAUGAGGUUCCGGUCUAGGUGUUAGAACUUGCUCUGCACUCCACAAUCCCCAGCCCAGUUUUAAACCUUUCCUUCCCCCUCCUCUGACUGGGAUGAGCUGGGAGAAAACCCACUCGCACUAUACGGGAUAAGGAACGGGCUGGAGGCUUCAGGACACUCACUGUGCCUCUGGAUCAGAUCCUGGGCUUAAGUCUGAGGAUUAAACUUACACUAAACGCCUUGUUUGCUGACUGGAAAUCAGCCGUGGUCUCUUUAGGGAGCAGGAGAGCAGCCUCUGCUUGCCCUGAACCCACUAAGCUUGGCUUAAAUAAGUUACACAAGUCACUCUUUUUUUAUUUUAUAUAUAUUUUUUUCUCUAAAGCACUAUUGCCCUUUUCAGUAAAAAGCGGCCCAUUAUCUGCUUCAAACAGCCCUCGAGGCUUAAAAAAAGUAGUAAUAAAAUAGCACUAAAUGUUCUGAGAGCGGCUUCACAUGCUCGGCCGGGGCAGCGGGGCCAGGCCGGGGGUAUUGGACCAAAAAGAUGUCACAAGUUUCCCGAGCGCGUACGAGAAAGUGCAAUAACCGGAACGCCCGAGCUCAACCCUUGCGUUUUAUUAUUAUGAAUUAUUCCUGUUGCUAUUGUUUUUUUGUAUCUGACCCGCGCGGUACUAACCCCCCUCCCCUGCGCUCCGUGUGUUGUAAAAGACGCGACUGUGAGUUCAGCCUUCGCCUACCGGGCGCCGCUCAAUAAAGCUGCUGUGACCGGUC